UCUGCAGUAACAUAAUGUAUGUCAAUUGGAAAGAUACAAACAUCAACAUUAUUGACACACCAGGUGAGUCUAUCAACCAUUUAUUCCCUAACAUCAGGAUGCAUAUUCUCUAUACUGUUCUUUAUACAUUCCUUAAGGUACUUUUCUGAACUUGUCACACUGCUUUGUUACAGAGUAUCCUACUGUAAUCAUAAAGGAUUUACAGUUUGAAUUGUCAUCAAAAACAGAUGAACACAUAGUUAUGAUGUUUAUGUGUGCAAAAAGUAAGAGCUCUUGUCAGCAACAUACAUGUACACCUGCGGUGAGGUGGAAAUUUUAAUGAGUCCAUCUUCAAAGGUUCAAAUGUGUGAGGGAUUGUUAGUUAGGGGGAGAGGGCUUUUGAAGCUUGGACUUACGUGAUGCUGAAAAACCAAAUUAUGAGAUUGAAAGGGUAAAUUUCUCAUUGAUUUUUCAAGAUUGUUUUUUUUAUUGUGGCACAAUAACAAUACUACAUUACCUUACAUUACUAUGUUAAAAAAGGAAAGAAAAAAUUAGAAAAAAAAAGGUUAAACAGUUUUGUAGUUUUAACUUAGGACAGCAAGCUGUAAGUAAUUUAUUUAGCACUGUCAGUAUCUUAAGGUAGUGUAGUGGUUUAGAUUUUGAAUGGAAAAAAGUGCCUUUCCUUCCUCGAGCUUUUUUACAGAUGAGUUAUCAGGUUUCCUAAAAUUGUUGAGUUGCAAUCGUAGUGUGAUCAUUUUUGCCUUAUGGCCUUUAUUUCUAAUUUGAAUUUGUGUUGGAAAAAUGACUACAGUCCAAGCACUGUGCUAUUGUUAAAAAUAGUUUUGGAUAAUUGAUUAUCAAUGCAAAUUUUUACAUCAACACCUAAAUUUCUUCAGAGAGGAUAUCAUAUCUGGCCAAAAUUUGAAAAACAAGUGAAGCCCUUGGGUUUUCUGAAAAAAUCUCUGAGAAUGAUUGAAAUGAUAAGGUCUACAGAAUAGGUGAUAGGGGAAAGAAUGUGGAAAUUUUUUUUGUUAUAAAAGAGUUAAAAUUCUAGUCCUAAAGAAGGAACAUGGUAAAAAUUUAUAUAGAUAUAACAAAUGAGAAACAGAACAAAAUUUUUGCAAAAAAUGACCUGAACAGUGUAGCAUUAAACAUGUCAAUUGUGAGGCUACAAUUGAAUUUCUAUGCCUAUGGAUUGGAUUGACACUGAGAUUUUCAAGAGUUGACAAGAACAACAGAAAAGACCAUCCACUACAUUUGAGAAGAUGUUUGUUACAUUUUCAUCUGUUUUUUUUUUAACUAUUAAAUUUAUAUGCUAAUUUUUUUAUAUUUGAAAUGACUUGGGGAGGUGAAAAAAUUAGUCGUUUUUAUUGCUGAUUUUUUUUUCCACAAUGUAUAUCAAAGGAACUUCCUAUUAGAAUAAGUGAAAAAUUAUUUCCCCAGAGCAAAGUUACAACACACUGCAGCCUUCACCCAGUUGCAAAUUGGUUUGGAAUCAGAGGUAAAAGGAGUCAUUGACCUUGUGUGAUGGAAGGCUUAUUACUUUGAGGGAAUCAUGGGUAAGAUUAUUCGUUCUCAUGACUUUUAUUUUAUUUUUAUUUAGCUGUUUAGCCAAUCACAAGGCUAGAAAUUCAAUAUAAAUCUAAAAAUCUGCCAAAAAAUUAAAAUGAAGUAUCUUAAUUGGCUCUUUCAUUUUUAUACAACUAUUGCUGAUUUAAAUUAUUACCUAACAGGUCCAAAGUAGUAGAAGGUGUCAUCCCAGAAGACAUGAUCAAUGAGUGUACAUCAAGAAGACAGGAGCUGAUAGGUACAUGUACAAUCUGAGUAUUCUUUUUUUUUUCAAAUCAGAGCUCUUGUUGUUUGAGUUAUGAUAAUGGCCAAUCAGAACAAAGUAAAAUAUCACAGGGAGCCAAUGGGAACUCAACAUGAAAUGAAGUAAAAUUAAGCAUUGGAAAAUGCUAUUGAUUAAGUCCUGAUUAUUUCAAGUUUUGAAUUGGAUUGGAUGAGAGCUCGAGAGAAAGGGGAAAAUCUUCUGGGCCAAUCUCCCAACAAAUGUCAAUACAACGCUAGGCUGAGAUGAGAAUAAAGAAAAAUAUCAAUGAGAGGAUUAUUAGUUGAUCCAAUACCAAAUUCUUUAAUCGUAAGAAUUGUCCAUCAUAAGAAUUGUAUGGCAAACAGUAACAAGAAUUACUUAUUAGAUUUUUCAGUCAGAGUGUUAAAGUGCUUAACCCUUUAACUCCCAGAUCAAAUUUGUAAUUCUCCUUACUGUCAACCAUACAAUUCUUAUAAUGUUAGUUCUAAGAAUUUAGUAUUGGAUCAACUAAUUAUCCCCAAAUUGAUAUUUUUCUUUAUUCUCAUCACUUAUCUGGUUGAUAUUGUAUUGAUAUUGUAAGGAGAAAUUCUGUCUUGGUCACUCAUGGGAGUUAAAGGGUUAAGUGAAGAAUUCUCCAAUGAUUGAACCCUUUAACUCCCAAGAUCUGAUUGUUAAUUCUCCCCUCCAGCGGUGUAACAUUUCCUUGUAAAUUUGUUGUGAGAACUUGGUGCUAGAUCAAGAUAGCAGCUUCUGCCUGAUAAGUUUGAUUCUUCUCAUUACCUGUAUGCUGAUUAAUGUUUGGAUAUUAUAGGGAGAAGUUUCAUGUUAAUCACUUUGGGGAGUCAGAGGGUUAAUGAACACCUUGUAAAAGUUGCCACUGACUGUUGAACUCAAAGGAACGUUUUCAUCAAAAGUUUUAAAAAAGUUGUCAUUACUAUCUUUUUACUUAUGUAGUAUUAGGUAGCUGUAGCAACACUACAGCCCCCUUUUUACCGGCAGUUCAAUAACAAAGAGUUUGCACCAUUCUGCUUGACGCUAUUUUUUCAACGUCUGUUAAGUGCUGUGGUUUGUAAUCAUUAGAAACUGUAGCUAAUGUGCAUGACACUCUUGCGGAGAUCUUUCUGGAAGAAAUACCACCAACGGGGAAACAAUUAAUUGUAUGUGUUUUGAAAAUAUUAGGGCUGGUGUGUGGAUUGAUGGAUUGAGCUGUAUAUUCGACAGAUUUCCUCUCUCUUUAUGUUACGCUGAAUUAUAUGAGCAUUUUGAGUGGUUCAUGCUCAUGGAUAUAUAGGAGGACAGACGCACAGAUUAUAUCACCGUCAACGACAUUUUGCUUUUUUAACAUAUAACACAAAUGCUGUUGAUUCUAACAAGACCAUUUGUUAUUAUCAACUCAGUUGACAACGUAAAAUUGGCCACCGUUAAUAGUUUCAAAGCAGACGUUUCGAGCGUUAGUCCUUCGUCUGAGCGAAUGACGAGGGGCUAACGCUCGAAACGUCAGCUUUGAAACUCUUAACGCUGGCCAAUUUACGUUAUCAACUUUUGUCAGCUUUGAAACUCUUGAGGGUGGGCAAUUCGCGCUAUCAACCGUUAUCAACAGUUGAUAAUACCGAAUUACCUUGUUAUACUCUCCCACCGACGGAACACCACAUUUUCUUUCGAAACUUACGCUUUCUAGCUUACCGGCUGGAUAAACAGCUGUGAACAGAAUGAAUUUAAGCACAAGCUUUAUUUCUUUGAACUUCGUUUUGUAGAAUCCGACAUAAACGCCUUGAUGAAGAUGGCUCUGCGUGAGGUGGCUUUCCUUCCUCUCGGAGUCUUGAUCGACCAAUGGAGAUGGAAAGUUUUCUGCGGUAAGAUCACUGAGGAGAAUUACAAUACCGCGUGGUGGGAACUGAGGACUAAGUACCAAAGAAUGGAACCUGCUGUGGAAAGGACAGAAAAUAACUUUGAUCCCUGAUGCAAAUAACACAUUCCAGCUAAUACACCAUACAUCAGGUGGGUAUUGUAGCCAGUGGGAGAGAAGUUUAUUCUGAUCCCUUUCACAGUCGACUGGCGGGGGAAGUGAGGGGAGGCCAGAAGGGGUUUGGGGUUAGGAAGCCAAUCUCCACCAGACAAGUUGUGAUAACAAAUGCAAACAUCUUUGCAUGUAUAUUUUCCGAAGCCAGUUGUUUGAAAAACGUCAGAUAACAUCUAAGUAUAAACCACACCUGUGAAUUGUGCUUUCCGCGCGCGCGCUUAUUGGCUAGUUUGGAAGUAAAUAGUAAUUACUAUUCACCUCCGAGUUGCUGAGAAAAAAAAAAUCGCGCUUCAAGAGCUAAAUUUCUGAGCAUUUUUCGAUGUAUUGAAAGCAAUAAACUAAUUUUUUUAUAUCUGUUUGGUAUAUGCUAAAACAAUUAUUCGCCUGAUUGUCGUUGGAAGUAACAGAUGUUUCCUUAGCUGCUUCGCAGCUCGGGAAAUAUCCACCACUUUUCACCUCCACUUCGGUGAAUAAUUGUUGAUUAUUUCGCCAUGCACGAUCCUGUUGAAAUAAUCUAUGAUAUGAUUUCGAGACCGUAUAUUUUAGUUUAACUGGUUAAAUUGCCCCAUCGAAACGUGAGGGGAGGAGAGAAGGGCAACGACAACGAGGAAUGGAUGAACUAAAGGGAAACAGGGAUGACUGAGAAUAAAUUGUUUCCUUUUCCAGGCGUUCAAUUGGUGAAAUGUAGCGUGAUAGUAAAUGAUGCUGAAGAAGCAGCGGACUGUGAAAAGGAGAGAGGCAUGGGUCGGGUCAUAUAUUGAUCUCCCGCGUUAAGUUAUCGCGCUUCGUUUUUCAAGCUAAACGUCGGGAAGACGGCUUGUCCAAGAAACCUUGUGUUGGGUAGAAUAUUUCCCCGAUGAAUGUGUCACUGACCAAAUUUAAUUUGUUUUAUUUUUAUUGCUCAGGUACUUUAUGAGCUACGUGCUACAAUUCCAGUUCCACAAGGCCGCCUGUGAGGCAGCCGGACAUACGGGACCUUUGCAUACCUGCUCCAUCUACGAGUCGAAAGAAGCGGGAAAGGAGAUCGGGUAAAUAUUGACAAAAGAUGUGUUACUUUUUGCUGAUAUGCUUGUUCCUUCAGCUUUUGCUGAACCACUGUUGUAUUGAUAAGUAUGAAAAUAUUUUAAUCACUUGUGAAUGUGAUACUUAUUUUUCUACUUAUGACCAAACUUUGCCUUGUCCGGAGAACGUGAACGAUGACGGCUUAUUUUUUUAAUUUCUAUUUCUAAUUAAACGCUGUGUUCCACAUUCAGUUCCGAGGUAGCUUGGACAGCGAGAAAAAAACUAAAUGACUCUAGAGUAUCAUGAGAUUCGUAGGUAAAAUCUAAGUUCAUUUUUUUAACCGACGUUUUCCUCGGCGUCACCGUCGUCGUUUCAUUCAUUUAUCAACAAACUAUUCACUGGAUUAUUUUUACACCUAUUAAAGCUCUAAAUCGUUUUUAAUAAUUCAAAUUAGCAUAGAAGAGGCCAGAAAAAGCAAAACUCGACAAUGAUUGGAUAUUGGGAGACUCUGACUAAUUAUGUCUCGUUUUGUUCAAAAGUGCCGUCAGGAUCAGUUCCAGGAAAUUAACCGCCAUGCUAUGUUAUUUGUCCCCCAAAAAUUAUUGCUUUGAUAUGUUAUUGUUGUUGUUGUUAUUAUCAUUAUUAUUGUUAUUAUUACCAUUAUUAAUAAUUAUAAAUCUCAAUUUCAUAGCCCGCACAUGGAGAAAUGUGUUGUAUUGAAUGGCGUUUCUCUCCUUUAAUCUAUAGGGAUAUGCUGAAGAUGGGAAAAAGCAAGCCUUGGCCGGAAGCUCUCAAAAAACUAACCGGAAGUGAAACUCUGGAUGUGGGCGCUCUAUCGGAAUACUUUGAGCCUCUCCGCAAGUGGAUGGUGGAACAGAGGAAAGAGCUGGGGUACACUGGACCCGGAUGGGACGUAGACGCAAAGGCUGGAGUAUCAGCUGUUCUUCCCACACUGUUCAACACUGUCAUGGGUUCUUUGAUUGUGACAGUUGUGCUCUUUUGUUAG